AUGGAGGGCCUCCAACCGCCCCCCCAACCAAUGCUCCCAGAAGCCUUGAAGGUGGAAAGGGGGGCUCGAUUGCUGCCGGAAGCCCUAAAAUGCAACCGGCUUGUUGGGGCUCGCACACAGCUCACCCGGCCCACAAUCGAAACACGGAGGCGCCGCGGACCAGCGGGAGCCCGCAGCCGCCGCCCACGUCGAAAUGGAGAGGGCAGCCAGAGAGGCCCACCCCGGAGCGAAGUAAGUCGCCCCGCCGCCCGGACGGCCUCCUCCGGUGCCUCCGGAGGCCCGGGAGAGAUGCGGGGGGGGGCAGAAGGAGGAGAAAGGCCCCAGCCAGGCCACACCAGGCCGCGGGGCGAUCCCCGGCGCCCGCAGGCCCCCGUGCGGAGGGCAGGCGAUUCCCGGCGCAGCGCGGCCUUCAGGGUCCCACCAGCCCCGCAACGCGCACAGCACCCGGGGAUCGGAGCCGGCUGCCCGCGAUACCGCGAGGCAGGCAAGGGUUGAUCCCCUGGCCCGGGUCCUGUAGCUCGGCCGAGAACUGGGCCGUAAGCCGCCCGGGACCAGGAGCCCCUUCCCCCUGCCUAAGGGCAGCCCAGUGUAAUUACCAGCACCAAUAAAAGGGGUAGGUGACAGGCAAAAGGAUAAAAUAAAAGAGAGGAAUAAUAGUAAAUAAAAUAAUAAGGGGAAAGGAAGAGAGAAAAGGGGGAAACCGGGGAGAAGAUUAUACAACCAAUCUCUCGCUGAAUUCCCUCCGGUGCUGAUCCACAGCGAAAGAGAAAGGAACAUGCUGUGAGCCUUGUUUAAAUAACCUCUGAUCCCACCCCUAAAUUGGCAACAUCAAAUUUACCCCAGUAACACCAACCACCAAUCUGAUCCAAGCCCCUUGAAUCUAUCUUGCCUGGCAACCGUGGGGUGUUUUGUUUGGCCCCAUCCGCAACACGUGCUCUCCUUUAAUGAGAACACGCUAUCACAAAACAGACUGCUGUAAGGAGCCACCCUCAGUAGCGAGUAGAGAUGGGAAAAUCUGUUGAUUUCAGUUUCUCAUUUUUCCAACCUGAAGUUCAGUUCACAUUUCCACACCAGUUUUUGGUUUGUUUCUUUUUCUUUUCUUUUUUAAAAAAAAUCAAUUCUUAUGAAAAUUCCUUUGCAAUUUUGUGCAAAUUUCUUGUAAUGGACAUGCUUGUGUGUAAUCUCAGCCAAUAUACACAUUUUUGUAGAGCAAUUUCUCCUACUAUGAUGCAUAUUUGUAUGUUAUUUCCACUAACAUACGCAAUUCAAGGCACAUUCUAUUUCAGUGCAUGCCUUUUUGUGUACGCAUUCCUUGGCUGGAGAACUGCAUUUGGAGAAGUGCAAAUUUUGAAGGCUGUGGGUUUUUUCGUAGGUUCACCUUUAUUUAUGGUUGCAAUACAUCUGGGAAAUCCCAGACAUGUCCUGUUUUGUGGGGUCUACAAGCCCAUCUGGGGGGAUUAUUACAACUGUAAACAAAUGUCCAGGUUGGGUUAAAAAAAUUCUUAGUGUGUGCAGGCGGCUUGGGUUCAGCCUUGAGCCCGGGCUCUGGUAUUGAGCAGCUCUGGGUCUGUUUCAGACUUGGUGGUAGCAGCCAGGGGUGUGUGUGUGAGAGAGAGAGAGCUCAACACCUUUGUCCUGAUUUUGAUCCCUGAAAUAUGGCAACCCUACUUUAAUAGAGAAUCUAAUUUCUCCCACAUCCCUAUAAGAGCAUCUGAAUGAUAAUGCCAUUCAGAUACAACUCUUUAGAAACCAACUUGAAUGCUGCCUGCAACCUUGGCUUUUCUGUCGCUUACCAUUGACACCAUUUCCACUGAGGGAAAUUCUAUUCAUAAAUAGUUCUGAUUCUGUAAACAUUGUCCCACAAGGGCAAAACAUGGCAAUGCUGAAACUGGAAAAAAGCAGUCCUAGCCAGCACAGCAACUUGAACCCCUGGCUGUUGUGGGCCCUUCCACCUCCAAGUUGCAACAUUGCAGAAGUAAAACACAGUAGGCAAAUGCUGUCGCUAAUCUGAGGGCAGCUGGAUUUCAAAGCUUUCUGUUAAAUCGGGUCCUCCCUUGAAGAGGGCACGUAUUGCGGUGAGACCUGGAAACCGACACCCUGUGUUGUGGGUGGGUUCGAUUGGUCAGCCACAACACCCGAUUGGAGGUCCCUCAAUGCUGGGUUCAACUGGAACAAAGGUCAGAGUCCAAAGGGAUCAAGGGACCUAUUUAUGCCCAUGCACGUGACCCAGAGCUUCCUCUUUCAGCUUGUGCAUCGGAAUACCCGCCCACCUCUCCCUAUUUUUAGGGCUUUGCACUUGACCUUGCUAUGCCGUCAUGUGUCGUCUGUCGUUGGGACAGGGGCACGGCAGGAAUUUCCCCCACUUGGCUGAUUGGCUGCUGCCAUUUGGGUUUCGCCUGCAGCGUAGCAAAUUGUCACAACUUGUAAGGUCGCGGAUAGGCACUGGUUCAGGUGAUAGGGAUGUGAGAACGUUCUCGCCAUCCCUAUGAGAAGGGUAUUCCAUUAAAGGAAUCCAAGGACUUGAUGGUUUGGUCCACCCCUGAGAGGGGGACAUUUGGGUGGUGGAGACAGCCUGUUCCUGGCUUUCCACUUAUUCAGGUAUUCACCCUUGGCUGACCUAUGCUGCAACCCUGGGUCAGCACUACCUGCAAGGGUGUAGGGAGCUAGUCGAACCAGAGCCUAUACAACCACUCACUUUCUGUAAACAUAAAGUUGUGGCUAAAAUUCUGCCAAAAAUCAAAACUAAAAUUUGAGUCAAGUGUGAAUUUAUUUAGGAGGAGGUUUCUGGGUCUUCAUUCUGUUUUUUAGGAUACAUCUCCCACCCACAUCUCAUCUCAUUUGCAAUACCUGUAUAUUGUAGUAUUUCAAGUACAUAAUCCAUUUCAUUUGCACAGAAUCACAUUAUGCAAUCAACAACAACAACAUUUUCCUUUGAAAAUCUCCACCCAGAACAAUGAUCUUAAAUAAAAUAAAUAAAUUGCUAAUCUUUGAAAAGUGUAUUCAUUGGAGAAUUAAUAUUUUGCAGGUCCCCCCUUCCGAAAAAAAGUCAGUGGAUUGCUUAAUUUAUGAGUUAAUUGCUAUUUUAAAAUAUGGAUGUAAAAAUUACAUUUUAAUUAGAGCUCUACCCAGAGGGUAUUUAAGUUUGAUGGUACUCGUGUUGUCAUAGAGGAAGGGCUGUAGUUCAGUGGUAGAAUACACAUUUUGCAUGCAAAAGGUCUCAGUUCCCAGUGUCUCCAGGUAGCGCUGGGAAAUAUUCCUGUGUGAAACCCUGAUAAGCCACUCAUUAUAGACAGGGCUGAGCUAGAUGGAUCAAGUGGUCAACUUGGUGUAAGAGUUCUUAUAUUCUGAAAUUAUAUCAGUUUAGGUAUGAUCCCCCCCCCCCCAAGUAAUCCAUGAAUUAUUACAUAAUGGGAGAGGCGGUCCUUGAGGUAUUGCGGUCCUGAGCCAUUUAAGGCUUUCUAGGUCAAAAUCAGCACUUUGAAUUGGACCCAAAGAACUAAUUGGGAGCAAGUGCAUUUGGGCUAGAUUGGCAUUAUAUGCUCAGACCAUCUUGCCCUGGUGAGCAACCUGGCUUUGGAAUUCUGCACCAGCUGAAGUUUCCAAACCAUCUUCAGAGGCAGCAUAUAAUGCAUUACAGUCAUCUAACCUAGGGGCUACCAGGGCAUAGAAGACAGAAGUUAGGCUGUGCCUGUCCAGACAGUGGCACAGCUGGCCCACCAGCCCACUCUGAUGGAAGGUACUCUGCACCACCUGAGCCUCAAGCAACAGCAGUGGAUCCAGAAACCAUGGAAGGGGAGAGUUGAGAGCUCUUGCGCUAAUGUUUUGCUUGCUGAUUUCCCACAGGCCUCUGGUUGGCUACUGCGAGAACAGAAAUGCUGGAAUAGAUGGUCCAUUGGCCUGAUCCUGCAGGUUAUUCUUAUGCUCUUAAUUACCCGCAAGCUACGAACUGGCUCCUUCAGAGGGAGUGUAACUCUGUCAAGAGCAGGAAUUCUCACAUUCCAGUGAGGCAUAAAAGCCGGCAGCAACUUCCAUCCUCAGUGCAGUUGGCAGAAAAAGGGUAUCUCUAUACUUAGACACCUGCCCUCACAAUGGCCUUUGCCCCAUGAAGGACACCAGAAGGUUCUUGCAGUUAAAACCUUCAUGCAGUGCCUGCUAUUGGUGCACAAAAAUAGUACAGCUCUAAGUGGCAAUUCACCACAGUACUGUGAAAAGUCAUAAGGUUGUGUGGAUGGACCCCCCAAAGAUUAUGUGGGUCACUCCUUCCACAGUGGUACAGCUACCACAGCAUACAAAUGGGGUCUAGGAGCAGAGCACAUUAAAAUAUUUGGGCAACGGAUGUCUGGAGCAUAUAAGAACUAUAUAUGUCCAUACAACCCCUCACUUAAUGAAUCCUUUCAAUAAUUCUCUUUCAGGUAACCCAGGCAAGGACAUUUGGAUCGUGGGCCACCGUAUUUUCUACUGGGCGCAAUGGCAUGCUGAAGCAUCAUCCUGCAUGUAUAAACUAUUCUUUUCUUUAAAAAAUCCACAAGGCAUUGUGGCAUCUGACCAAGUGUUGUGAAGGGCACUCCAUUUCCCAUCCUGAUAUAAAAUUUGAUAAGUUCAACCUUUCCCUGCCUAUCUCCCGCAGGGAACAAUGCGUUUCAGGGUAUCUCUAACUGCGUGCAGCUGUAGAUAGUUUGGGUGGUGGUUAAGGCAUUGGGUGGAAUCCUAGUCUUCAAGCGUUGGAGUGAAGUGGUGCAUCACCCUGUCCUGAACCAGUGGCAUAUUUAGAGUUCCCCAUUAGAGGUGGAUGUCCCUGGCCAAGUGUGGGGCAGACGUGCCAUAGGGCUUCCAGCAGUGGCCUUAGGAUGGCCAACUCAGUAGAUUGAUGUCUUGGGGAGGCCAUAAUCCUGGCAUGCACGACCCUGCAGCGCUUCCAGCUCUUUGGAGGGAGGCUGGAAUUGAUAUGCCCCCAACGCCUGAGCCAAAAUCCCACCUACAUCUGUAAUCAAGUUGUGGCCAUUUUUAAUCCAGUUCAAUGUCUGCCUGAGUUAUUAAUCAUGUCUUACACUGACAUAACAUGGUGGUAUUGAGACAUGACACUGCAACUGGGCCCGCAAUGUCAAAUUGCCUAGCUUCUUCCAUUGUCUUUGCUUUCUUACAAAAUCUUCCAGAAUGGCUCUUUUUAUGUGCUUUCUUCUUAGGCUGAUACAAAAGCAAAUCUUCUGCCAUAUUAUCUGGUACCUUUUCAGAAACCCCUGGAAACAAAUGAUUGUUAAGGUCUAACAGAAGCUUUGAAUAAGACAAAUCAAAAUCUCCCCCCAGUGUUGCAAGAAUUUGAUCUUUUCAUUUCUGACAGGCAAGGCUGUAAUAAAAAUUAUAAUAAUGAUGACUGACAUAAUAAAAUCACUUAUUCUAGAGUAAUCCAACCAGGAUUGGAGGUCCCAUUGAAGUCAAAGGGGCAGCUUCAAGCAAAGGGGUUGAGGAUCAUAGCCAAUGACAGUUUCAGCCCCAGGCAAUUACUUGGUUCCUUUUUCAGCAAUAGAAAACUUAAAUGGUUUCCCAUUUGAGGAAAUGCUUUGCAAUUUGCUUUCUUUUUUUCAUAAAAGAAAACCACCCUUUGUUCAUGGGUGCACUAUGGCCGGUGAAGGGGUCUUCUUGGAUACAUUUCAGUCAAGAUGUGUUUCCUUGCAUUAUUUAUUCCUUCAUCUAUUAUAUCCCUAAGACUAAUGUCUGAAAAGUAAAGUGAAGGACAACCAAAGGAUCAUGAUGGGAAACCACAUGGGAUCAGAAGUUUCAAAUCAAAUAAAUGAAAGGGAGGGGGACCGACUCGCCUGAGAAUACAAUGCAUUCCCCUCAGCUUGUGCUGGCGUAAAAAUUAGCAGAUGUGAUCAAAAUGAUGGACUCCAACACAUCUCAGAAUCAAAUCUCCUUGGCUGUUCAUACUUGGGAAUUAUUUGUUCUUCUUGCAGUCUUUCCCUCAGCCUCAAGUGCAUCCAAUCAACAUCCUUGUGUCGGCACCUGGGGUACUUGAGGCUUUGUGGAAUUCCUUUUGGUAAAGUGUUGACACCAGAUACUUCAGCGAAUUUAAUUAUGCCAGUUGGUUUCACUUAAAAAAUUAGGAUACUGUGCAGUUUCUAGAAGUGGCAUUUCAAAAGGAAGUUCUCUGAAACAUGAUAUGAAGCAGGUGAUAGCUUUCCUUCUAGAUCACAUUCUGUUCUUAAAGUAUGAAGCUUGCAUGUUUUGAUAACGACUAGUUCCUUUAAAAUGGAGAUGUACCUAAACCCCUUGAGAUACACUGCUUAGACUUAAUGAAACCCUUUUUGUUUCCCUCAAAGGGUGCUGUCAAUCACAUACCCAGUAG